AUGGUUGCAGCGGAGACACCCGAAAAGUACCCGACAAUGCCAGAGGUGGUGGAGGAGCUAAAGAGAAUGGCAGGUAUAGGCUUCCCCCUAGCAGCCGUGAGCAUUGUCGGCUAUCUCAAAAACAUGAUCUUAGUCAUGUGCAUGGGAAGGCUGGGAAGCCUCGAGCUAGCAGGCGGAGCUUUAGCCAUUGGUUUCACCAAUAUCACUGGCUACUCGGUGCUGUCAGGGCUGGCUAUGGGCAUGGAGCCCCUUUGUAGCCAGGCCUUUGGUUCACGAAACUUCUCCAUUCUUUCUCUGACUUUGCAAAGAACAAUUUUUAUGUUACUUCUUGUUUCAUUCUCCAUCGGACUACUCUGGGUUAACCUCGAACCUCUUAUGCUUAGCCUCCACCAAAACCCAGACAUAACACGAGUUGCAAGCCUAUAUUGCCGCUUUUCUGUCCCGGAUCUCAUUGCCAAUAGCCUUCUUCAACCUCUUCGGAUCUAUCUCCGUAGUAAAGGAACAACGUGGCCUUUGAUGUGGUGCAACUUGUUAGGACUUAUUCUGCACAUUCCCAUCACCAUCUUCUUGACCUUCACUCUUAGUCUAGGUGUUAAAGGAAUAGCAGUUUCCACUUUCGUAACCAACUUCAGCAUCCUCUUCUUCCUAAUGUGCUACAUGGCCUACAGUACUCGCAGUAGUAACCCUGAUCAGGAGCCUUUGUAUGUGCAGCUCUCGAAGGAUCCUUUGCCACUUUCUUCUUCUCGAGCUGAGGAAUGGGGAAUGCUGCUUCGAUUUGCAAUACCAAGCUGUCUAGCUGUUUGUUUAGAGUGGUGGUGGUACGAGUUCAUGACAAUUCUAGCUGGCUAUCUUCAUAAUCCACGGGUGACACUUUCAACAUCUGCCAUAGUAAUACAAACCACCUCUCUCAUGUAUGCAAUACCAGCAGCACUCAGCGCAUCGGUCUCGACCCGCGUAGGCAACGAGCUUGGAGCAAGCCGGCCAGAGAGGGCCCGUUUGGCAACAAUGGUGGCCAUAGGGUUGGCCCUUCUGAGUUCUUUAGUGGGUUUAUCUUGGACCACUCUAGGGAAAGAAGCAUGGGGAAGAGUGUUUACAAAGGACAGUGAGGUUCUAGAGCUAACUGUGACUGUUCUACCGAUAAUUGGACUGUGUGAGUUAGCAAAUUGUCCACAAACCACAAGUUGUGGCAUUCUGAGAGGAAGUGCGAGGCCAGGAAUAGGGGCCGGGAUAAACUUUUAUGCCUUCUACUUGGUGGGUGCACCACUGGCCAUAGUUUUAGCCUUUGUUUGGAAGCUAGGGUUUGUGGGUCUUUGUUAUGGGCUUUUAGCAGCUCAAAUUGCAUGUGCAGUCUCCAUCUUAUCAGUGGUAUACAACACAGAUUGGAAGAGAGAAUCCUUGAAAGCCAAAAACUUGGUGGGAAAGAGCGACCAACCAGCAGUACUAAAGUGUGAAGAAGAUCAUCUAAUUGGGUAUUGUUAAAGACAUAAUGAUCGAUUUUGAAAAAGUGAUCAAGACAGAGUAACGUACGUACUUUUGUUGAAGGAUGAUCAUCACAGACGACAGUACCAUUCGAAUUAACAGGAACAAAUUCCAACUGCA